UGAGCCUCUUCCGCAGGGCGGCCAUCUCCGUCAGAAAACUAGUUUGAAAUAAAAAAAACCCGAGAGCUUUACUGAGCGCUCACGGGCUUCCUUCAGCUGAGCCGCCAAGGGGGGGCUGUGAGGAGGAGUCCCCCUGCUGGGAAGCGGCGCCCGUUCCCGCCGCUGACGCUCGCAGCCGCCGCCCGGCCUCACGGCUGUCGGUGCUGCCGGUGUUUGUGCCGCCCCGCCGCCUCAGGGGACGGCUGUGAGGGUUACAGCGGGCGAAGCCGCCCCGAAACCUCGUGGUUGCUGCGGGAUCCGGAGGGAGAGUUGGGCCUCCUGCCCGUCCCCUUUGUGUGGAGCACGGCUGCGUGUGGGGAGCGGGCGUGGCCGGAGGAACGGGCGUGCAUUUCCGCGCUGCUUGGGCCCCGGUGGAGAGCGCGGUAGCGGCGGAGCGGCUCGGCGGAAAGGCACCCCUGGCGCUGGUGGCCGGCGGCGCUGAGGCGGGGGGAAGGUCGGGGACUGCCGCCGUGCCCAUGGACUAGCCGAGGCAGCGGAGAGACGCCCGAGUACGCCGACUGCCGCCUCGCCUUCCGCCCAACUUGGCGAAACUUUGCGAGCCGGCUGUUGCCCCCGAGGCUGUGCUACAGAAGAUGCACUAUUACCGCUAUUCUAACGCAGAGGUCAGCUGUUGGUACAAGUACCUACUCUUCAGCUACAACAUUAUCUUCUGGCUGGCUGGGGUGGCCUUCCUUGCGGCUGGUCUGUGGGCAUGGAGUGAAAAGGGUGUAUUGUCUGAUCUAACAAAGGUGACUGGUCUUCAUGGGCUGGACCCAGUGGUGCUUGUCUUGAUGGUGGGGAUAGUGAUGUUUACUUUGGGAUUUGCUGGUUGUGUAGGAGCACUGAGAGAAAACAUCUGCCUUCUGAAGUUUUUCUGUGGAGCAAUUGUGUGUAUAUUCCUGUUGGAGCUGGCAAUAGCAGUUCUGGCUUUCCUGUUCCAGGACUGGGUAAGGGACAAGGUCAAGGAAUUCUUUGAGAAUAAUAUUAAAUCCUACCGAGACGAUAUUGACCUCCAGAACCUCAUUGAUUUCCUGCAGAAAAUCAACCAUUGCUGUGGUGCUCAAGGUCCAGAUGACUGGGACUUCAACAUCUACUUCAACUGCAGCAGUGAAAGCAAAAGUCGUGAGAAGUGUGGUGUUCCUUUUUCCUGUUGUAUACCUGAUCCUGCUCAAAAAGUUGUAAAUACACAGUGUGGCUAUGAUGUCAGAAAGAAGAGCAAGAAUGAAUGGGAUGACCAGAUUUUUGUCAAAGGAUGUAUUCUUGCUCUUGAAGCUUGGCUACCCAGAAAUAUCUACAUGGUUGCAGGUGUCUUCAUAGCUAUUUCACUGCUCCAGAUUUUUGGGAUUUUCCUAGCCAGGACAUUGAUUUCUGAUAUUGAAGCUGUAAAGGCAGGUAAUGCCUUCUGAAUAUAAAAACAGACACUUGUUGCAGAAAAAGUGUAUUUUACAGUUACUGAGAGGACACCAAGGUGGAAGAGACACACAGACCAUGAAACUCCUUUUAUUAAAAGCCUUACGUGGGUUUUUCCCCACUCAUGCUUUCUGUUAAAAGCUGGUACAAAAAAAAAAAAUCUGAACCUGUCUACCUACCUUUUUUCUAACAAGACAACUCUGUGCACCAGCAUUGAUUUCUGAGGAAGAAAUGGAAUUUUCCAAGACAUCAAUGGAACAAAUUUUAAAGAUCGUGGCAAGGAGACAUGAAACUGCUGUAAGCUCUUUCCUUGAAGGAUUACCAUGAAGAUUGUUCUGUUUUCACUCCCAGCUGUCAUCAGCCUCAAAGUGUAAUCUGUUCUGAAGGUGUGCUGAUUUCUUCAGAAUCUUGAAAUAAUUUUCAUCUCUACAGUACACUCGUGCAUUAAUUUUUUUGCAAGAUACCCAGCAAUUAUAAUCAUCGUGGUAUUGGAAACGGGAGAAAAAAAGCCACCAAUUGUCUAGUUCUUUAACUGAUUUUCAGUUGUGCACAAGUAGGGAUAUUUGUUACUGGGAGUAACAUAUUUCAGGAGCAGGAAUGAGUGCUCAGCAUCAGAGCUUGAGUAGCCCAGGCCAUUUAUGAAAAUGCAUGCCUUUUCUGAAGAUGGCCAAAAUCUUAUGCAAAGAGGGCAAAAAUUAUGUUAGAAAUCAGCAUUUCAGGUGAGGGCGUGAAUCCCUGAUGUUGUUUCCUGUCUGGAAAAAGUGUAAAUAUUCUUUAUUUAUAGAAGAAAAGACCUCUUAAAAUGCUUAGCUUUCUAUUGAUUACUAAUACCUUUAAAAAUGCUGUCUGCAGAAAUUGCAAAGUGCUGUUCAUUUCAGUAGAUAGCAAGCAUGUUGUGCUAUCUGUUGAUGAUUUUUGCCUUUCCUCUGCUUUCUCUCACAUCUGCUAUAUUGAUCUCCAAGUCCUAAUGUCAGGACUGAUGAAAAAACAUUUAAAUUCAGCAUUGCUCCCUUCUGAAAUCUGUUUUUAAUGAGGAAAUACACAUGUGAAAGAAUGGAAUUCUUGAAUUUUUAAAUACACUGCAAAGCUAUUCAAUCAUCAGUUCUGCUUGUAUUUUGAGACAUGGUUCAAGUAGUGGUCUCAUGAUAUGGUGAACCAGAAUGAUUAUUUCACAGCAGUUUUCUUCAUCAAGCUGAACUACUUCUGCUGAAGUUUUUUUUUUAAUUUUUAUUUUAUCAGAAGACAACUAAACUCUUCUUGCCAUCCUUCCUUCUUGGGGGCUCAAUGGGUGGAUCUCUAGUUCAGUAAGAGUUCCACUCUUCUCUAAAAGACUUUGGCAUAGUAUUUUAAACUUCUAAGACAGAAGUAUGUGACUGCAGAGUUCUUGGAAGUAGCUGUAGUUGUCAGCUUUACUGCAGGCCAUAUAACUAACAUUGUUUACUGCUUCCAGUGACACCCGUUUUUUCAGGGAGAGCAGGUUUAUUUACAGUGCCUAACAUAGUGUAAAUUUUAGAAAAGUAUAUUUUUAUAAUGAUAUUUUACUACAUGUAGUCUGCCUGAGGGAUUUAAUACUUGUAUUUCCAAAGUGACUUUUAUAGGAAGGCAAAUCUCUCUAAUGUCCUUUUUUUUUUUCUUGUUAUGCAUGUGUUAAUGAACAUUUCAGUGGCAAAAGCUGAUGAACACUAAGAGUCUUUGUGUCUCUAUUGAAUGUCCAGACAUGCCUCUGGCUUUUAAUCUGUGAAGCACUUCACAGACAGUGCUGUAUUUCUCAAGUGUACUUCAGUUCAGCUUGCUUGUUCUUUUUUUCUGGGCAGAAACUGAGACACAACAGGAAAAGGAAGCCUGUCUGAGGAUGGCUGAUUUCCUUACAGUAGCUGAGAACAGUUUGCUUGUACUCAUCUGAAAAACCUCAAAGUAAAAUCACUAGAAGUGCUCUGUGAUCUUUAUUUUUUUCCUUUGAUAGACAGCAAUGAAAUAAAAGCAGUAGAUCACCGAGGUGUUGAGCAGGAGGCAUUUCCUCUGUAAAGCCUUGAAUUUGAGGUCUGUAUUUACAUAUUUGUUGAACCUAAUUCAUUAGGAGCAGCCAAAAAUUUGCUGAUGUUCCUGCUACUUUGCAAGCAGCAAAGCAGUGUUCAGCAGCCUUGGAUUUAAACUGGUGCUUGGAACUUUACGAUGCCUCAUUAACCAACUUACUCUGUUACGUGUACUACUCAGCUGUAUGUACAAUUGGAGAGUGGUGCCUCCUAUUUGUAACUUUCUAUUUGUAACUUCCUAUUUGUAAAACAUUGCAUUGAAAUUUGCAUUUGGGGAGCAUCUUUCCCUUUGCCACGUCUUGACACAGAAACCUCCUAGUGGUAGGAAGUCAUUUCAGCAGCUGGUGAAAAGUCAUCGUGGUGUCAAAGAUACCUGUGGAGUUCAUGCACUGAAGUUAUCUGCCAACAGACCAGAAUUCCACUGUCUGUAAAUCAUGCCAAUUUGCCUGUAGACAAAUGAAUACUUGGUUUCUUUUUGAAGUACUGCAAAACAGAAUUGAAUUGAACUGCUGUCUUUCCACAGUCUGUUCUUAUUGGUUUUGGCCAUAUUAGCACCAGCUUUUUAUUAAUGCUCCAGUGAUUUGGAACUGAAUUCAAGGGAGCUCGUUCAGCCUGUUUGAGGACCUUUAAAUUCAUGGAUGGAUUUGUUUUCACUGUGGAUAAACUUCUCUGGGCUUAGUCAGUGUCACUUUUGAAACCUUGGGGCUUUUGCCUGUUGUUUUUUUUUUUACCCCUAGACAUUUUGAAGUGCACCCUCAUUAGUGGUACACGAGUAGUGUCAUUUCAGACUUGGAAUGGGAAUGCUUUCUUACCAAUUUCUACUUCAUUCUAUUUAGCACCUUCUCUGCAGAUCUGCAGUGAUUUCGUGGACAAAGAUUUAGGUUGUGGUUUAAAAGUCUUUUCAGCAAAGAAAAUUGGGUGUGAGUCUGCCUCUAAAGCCUUGAAGAAGCAAUUCAACCAUCUCACCAAGAAGUUUGGUAAAUUGUUGAUGCUGAGAUGUCAGUGCUUGCAUUUCGAGCCAUUGCACAAACACUGCAACAGAUACAAAGUUCUUCAUGAAGAUGUCAAAUGAGAGAGAUCAGACUUGAGUAACUGGACUGAGAAACUUUUCAAUGUGAUGAUGGCUUUUACUUCUCAGAGAUGAGCACAACUUAUUUCUGUGAAACAAUGUAUUUAUUUGUCAGUAUGUUUGACAGUGCAGCUGCCCUUUUGUUACUAUGAAUAUACUUGCAUUUGGACACAGUUUUCCUGUAUGUGGAGGAUCAAUAUAAGCACUGAAAAAAAGUGCAGUGACCAAAGGAACUUCAGUCACUUCCUGAAAACCUGAAUAUUUCUUCCCAAGGGGUCUUUGGUUUUGGUGACCUUGAUACAAUGCCAUGUGGAUAGACUUGUGCUUCCAGUCAGUGGAGAUUGAUGUGACAGUUGGCUCUUAUGUAAAAUUGCCUUUUUUUCUGUCUCCCCUUUCCAUCCUUUCCUCUUCCUUCUCCCUGCUGCCAGUUGGGUUAUCAAGCAGCUUAAGCAUUGUUUAGCCAGUGGAAGGGGAGCUUCUGUCUCUUCUCCUGAGAUGGCUUUUCUGGGUGACUUUCAAUAUAUAUUUUUUUUUCCUCAAGCCUUAAAUUUGAUUAAAUAAAAUUUAAUGUUUUGUA